AUGGCUCACGGAGGUUUAUACUGUCCAGGCGAGUUGGACGUGUUGAACACAGAUCGAAAUAGAUCAGAAACCACUAUCUGUUACCCAUCACCAUCACCAGCAAAGCGAAUUUCAUCUUACUAUCCAAAGUCCGGCCCAAAGGUUCUUGAAGACUCAAAUCUCGAUCCUUUCUAUCUCGAGUCAUCGUUGGCCGCCACGCCGCAUUGGAAUUCAUACAACUCAGAAAUGCGCGAUGAUCAUUUUGACGACAACAGCGAAUACUAUACAUUGUCCUUGACCCACAAGGACGUCCACAACACUUUACCAUACGGCCCAAAUCGAUCCACACUUGCUCAAGUGGAGCUGGAGAACAGUCUACGAUUCCAUCGAUACACUCCCUCGACGGAGGAUCGGAGUCCUCUGCACAGCAGUCAGGACUCCUUCAGCUCCGUGCAAACAGAUAGCACUACACCGGACUUGACACCAAGCAGCUCCUUUUCUUCUUCGUACUCUGAUUGCCCUGACAUCGUCCUCGGGGCGACACAGCAGCUGUAUAAGCACGCCCAGGGCACUCAACACGAACCCAGACGUCGCUUCUACCUUCCAGCCUCAACACCUCCCACAUACUCUCUUCCUCCCCCUCCUCCGCCAGUGGCGCCAUUGGCUGCGGCAGAUACUCGUCCUACUACUCCUUCUGUUGCUCACUCCAACGAUUCCACCACAACCAUCACCAUGGGUUACGAAGACGUAACAGGAUCCUGUUCUUCUCGCUCUCGCCGCAGGAAGCAACCUCCUCCUCUCAACCUCUCGCGCGGUACAAGCGCGCACAGCCACGGCCGCAAGCAAUCCAGCCCUGGCACUCGUCCCCCACUUGAUCCCUCAAUGAUCUCCCCACCAUGCUUGAUCAACCCUGUCACCAAAGAGCCUCACAUGACCCACUUCGAUCAAGCUCUCUUCAUCCCUGCCAACGAUUGUCCCAGUCCUGUUCCCAGUCCUGUCGCCAGCUCCCCACCUAUCUCUCGCCAGUGGACAGCAACAUCCAUGGAACGGCCCUCAACCUCCACCUUCGACGCGCACUGCGAGCAGUCUGUCUGGGAGUCCGACUCAGAGUCAGAGUCAGUUGGCCGCAAGUCCAUGUCUCGCAAGCCCAUCGACACACUGCGCAAGGUGCGCAGCCGUGCAAAGCUCCGUGGCGCCAAGUCCCAGCCCAGACUGCACCACGCUAUGCUGGAAGACCAUGUCAUGGAGCAAUUCCCCUGCAUGCCCGAUGAUAUCCUCGGAGAGCCCAUCCCGGAGGCCUACCGUCCCAGCAUGGAUCGACCCAGUCUCAGCCGCCCAAGCACCAGCAGAGACGGCUCACGUACACACAACGGCUUGCAAACAUUGCGCCUUGUUGCUCCUUCCACCACCUCUCUCGCCCGCCCUGCCGGUUCCCGGAAGAACAGCAGCCUCAACAGCUCAGACGUCGAUCGUUCCGCAGCCGCAGCGUGGCAAGCACAAUAUCGUCGUCGCCAGCGCUCCGACACCCCAGAAUACCCCAGCUCCUCGUCCGACACCGAAGGCAAGGAAAAGCUGACCUCCCUCUGCCACGAGAAGCACUCGCAAGCCACCAUCCAGGAUGGCUUCCGCGAGCAGCGCCCCCUCUUCCAGCGCUUCAUGAACUCUCUGCGUUCACUGAACUGCCAAAAGUCCCACAAGUCCCACAAGAAGACAAAUGUUACCACCAUCUAA